CUAUACGUAUUUUAUUUUUGAAAGACAGAUCGGAAGUUCUCCAACUACCAUCGGGCUUUACAAAGCUAAUCCAGUCUGGGGCAGGGCCAUGGGAAGAGUACUAUUCAAUGGAAGGAGUUUUCUUGAAUACUUUAGAAAGACACAGGGAAAGUAAAGAAGAAACAACCUCUGGGUAUUUUUCUUUUAUAGCCUGUGCCGCGCAUUUUACUUUGUUUACGCUAGUACUUCGAGCUUCAAAUGUUUUGUUUUGAACUAGUUGUCAUGUUAUUACAGAUAAAAAAGGUUCAAUUGUGUUUACUUCCGUUUAACGUACAAAGUACUUUCGAGGCUGAUUUUCGUUUUUCCUUUAAAGGAAGCUUAGUCGGGUUCUCUGAGGUUAAUGAAGGGAACCUGGGAUGAGUACAACUGCACGCUGUGGAAAAUACAACUGGGACUAGGAGUCACGCUUCAGGCAACAAAGAAAACCUCUGAACAACUGGAGAACUUAUCAACAACCAGCGAGUAGAGCUAGGAUUUAAAAACACGCUGGAUUAGCAUACCUGAGAGAAAUGGACGCAGCGCCACAGUGAGAAUGGAGUUAUAAAUGAGUGGUUUGGCGAACAAAGAAGGACACCCACACGAACACAAACACCUCUGACGGACAGAGAACCGCCGAGAAGAGAGGGCAAAGGACCGACAAAACCCCGUGCGAGAAAUGGAGGAAGAAGGUUCACUUGAACCUCGCAAGAUAAUGGCAAAUCUCUUCUUUUUAUAGCAAAGCCACUCACUAUCUACCCUGUUCCCAAACCUAAACAAGUCUCCCUCCAUUGCCAAAUGCUGCGGGGCUUUUCCUGUGUGUGAAAAUGAGGGUGGAUCUGUUGCUGUUGUUUGUAAUUUUGCUUCUGGGUGGCAGCCGCGGCGGCGCAGGAGGAUCAGCGCUAUCGUCUGAUUGUAAACCUUAUGAUGAACGCCCCAAAGGCGCUGUGAAGAGUCUGUCCACCGACAGGAAAGUGGUGUGCAGCAACAUGGAGCUUCAUCAGGUGUUGCCCCCGGAGUCCUUCCCAAACAGAACAGUCACAUUAAUUUACAACAACAACAACAUUCAAGAACUCAAAAAUGGAUCCUUCUCUGGCUUAUCUACAUUAGAAAAACUUGACCUUAGGAGUAACCUCAUCAGCCACAUAGAACCAGGUGCAUUUCUUGGAUUGCCAGCGUUAAAAAGACUAGACUUGUCCAACAACAGCAUCGGUUGCUUGAACAUUGACAUAUUCAAGGGCCUCAGCAGUCUGGUUCGACUAAACCUUUCAGGGAACAUUUUCUCAUCUCUGACUCCAGGAAUCUUUGACAGCUUGGUGUCUCUGAAGUCGCUGGAGUUCCAGACUCCCUAUCUUCUGUGUGAUUGCAACCUUGCAUGGUUGCUACGCUGGAUCAAAGAGAGGAACAUCGCAGUCAAGAACACCAAGUGCUCCUUUCCUCAGUCUCUUCAGGGUCAACUGAUUACUUUGUUCAAACCAGAGAUUCUUACCUGUGAUGCUCCGCUUGAGCUGCCCUCCUUCCAGCUCACUCCAUCCCAGCGGCAGGUGGUUUUCCAGGGUGAUAGUCUGCCGUUCCAGUGUCAGGCUUCCUUUGUGGCAGAGGACAUGCAGGUGCUGUGGUUCCAGAACGGCCGUAUGGUCAAGCCUGACGCUGCCCAGGGUAUUUUCAUUGAGAAGCGCAUGGUGCAAAACUGCUCUUUGAUUGCUAGUGCAUUGACCAUCUCAAACAUUCAGCCUGGUUUCACUGGAAAUUGGGAAUGUCGGAUUUGGACUAGCAGGGGCAACACAACCAGGACAGUCCAUAUUGUGGUUCUAGAGAGUUCUGCCAAGUACUGUGCUCCUGAACGAAUUUCUAACAACAAAGGAGAGUUCAGGUGGCCUCGUACCUUGGCAGGAAUCAAGGCAUAUCUUCCCUGCAACAGGCUUCCAACAAGUGCAGGUACCUACUCAGGCAGCUCAGUUGAAGAACAGCGGGCAUGGCGCUACUGUGACCGUGAGGGUCUUUGGGCAGAGGAGGACUACUCUCACUGCGAGUUCCAGAAAGAUGUCACUAGAUUCCUUUAUUUAAUUAACCAGAUGCCUCUGAAUGAGAGUAAUGUGGUUCACCGAGCCCAACGCCUGUUGGUUUACACCAUUGACGCAGCCAACUUCUCAGACAAGAUGGACAUUAUUAUUGUUGCCGAGAUGAUUGAGAAGUUUGGCAAGUUCGUUGAGAAGUUUAAGGAUCUUGGGGAGGUGAUGGUCAGCAUGGCCAGCAACCUAAUGCUGGCUGAUGAGAGGGUUCUGUGGAUGGCUCAGCGUGAGGCCAUGGCAUGCUCUCGCAUUGUUGCCUGCCUUCAAAAGAUCGCCGUGUACCGCCUGGCAUCAGCACAGGCCUUCUCCCUGACAUCCCCCAACAUAGCACUGGAGGCCCACAGUGUCAGAGCAAACGAGUGGAAUGGUAUGAGCUGCAUGUUGUUUCAGCGGCUCAGCCCAGAACGGACACCUAACCAGGACAGGCAGCUCACAUUCAAGUGCAACACCACCAGCUCAAUCUCCAGCAUCCUAUACAAGAGUACAGUUGUGGAGGCUUCCCUGCAGCUUCCUCAGUCUCUGUUUACUCAGGCGACACCUGCUGGGCAGGCGGAGGACCCGGUCUAUAAGCUUCACCUACUGGCCUUUCGUAAUGGCAAAUUCUUUCCCUCCACCAUCAACUCCUCCCAGUUGGCAGAUGGGUUGAAAAGAAAAAGUGUGGCUACCCCAGUCAUCAUGGCCAAGAUUGACGGCAUAUCCCUACAUGUCCUGAGGACCCCUAUCAACAUCACCUUGCGGCGGUUUGCCCGUGGCUCUGAUCCUGUGUCUGCCUCGUGGAACUUCAGCCUGGGGGGCGGACAGGGAGGAUGGCAAAGUGAGGGCUGUCGCAUCUUGACCCACCAUGACAAUGUCACCACCAUAUCCUGCAGUUCACUGGGAAACUACGGAUUGCUUAUGGAUCUCAGUAAUGUGGAGUAUUUUACUCCCGGUAUCCAGCCUCUGCAUCCCGUCAUCUAUGCCACUAGUAUCAUACUGCUCCUCUGUCUGCUCACUAUCAUUAUAAGUUACAUUGUCCAUCAUAGGUCUGUGCGCGUGAGCCGCAAGUUUUGGCACAUGUUAGUCAACCUCUGCUUCCACGUCUCCCUCACCUGCGGCGUCUUUGUAGGUGGCAUCAAUCAGACGCACUACGCCAGCGUCUGCCAAGCAGUGGGUAUCCUGCUGCACUACUCUACUCUGGCUACGGCUCUGUGGGUAGGUGUGACUGCACGCAACAUCUAUAAACAGCUGACUCGAAAGACCAAGCGAUAUGAAGAGCUGGAUGAGCCACCGCCACCACCACGGCCCAUGCUGAGGUUCUAUUUAAUUGGCGGAGGGAUACCCAUCAUUGUCUGUGGGAUCACUGCAGCAGCAAACAUCAAAAACUACGGAAGUCGCACCAGUGCACCAUAUUGUUGGAUGGCAUGGGAGCCCAGCAUUGGGGCGUUCUAUGGCCCAGUAGGAUUCAUCAUCUUUGUUAACUGCAUGUACUUCCUGAGCAUCCUGCUCCAGCUGCGGCGCCACCCAGAGAGGCGUUACGAGCUGAAGGAGAUGACCGAAGAGCAGCAGCAUUUGGCUUCAGCCAUGACCGAUGCCGAACCAGAUGGCUCCCGCGGCCACUGCCAUCCACCAACCCUUCAGCUUCACCCUCACGAGGCAGCGUCCUCUGUGAUGUCUGCUCCCCACACCGUGCCACUAUCCUCCCUGGAGAAUGAGCACACUUUUUCUGCCCAACUCAUGGGCGCUGCAGGGGCAUUAGGGCUUUAUGCAGCCCUCUGGGUGUUUGGUGCCAUGGCUGUGUCACAGGACCAUCCCUACGACUUGGCGUUUACCUGCUUGUUUGGUGUUGCUGCGUUGGCUCUUGGGGCCUUCAUGGUUGCACACCACUGCGUGAACAGACAGGAUAUGAGGCGCUAUUGGUCCCAGACCUGUUGCUCUGGGAGACGAGCCUACUUUGCACAGGAGGACGUCCUUUUGUCUCAGCCAGAUGUGGCGUUGGCAUCCACUGCAGGGUUUGUUAAUAAGGCAGAUGGAGAGUCAACGAAAUGCGGACACAGCAGCGCAGACUCUUCUUACACCAAUAAGAGCGGCCCAAGCAUGCGUAACUCCACCCACGGCAGCAAGCUGACCAAUCUACAUGCUGAGGCGGCCCAGUGUAAGCCGGCCUCAGCACCUGUGUCGGCCAACGGUGCCGCAAUUUUGGACAACAGCCUCACUGAGCACUCGGUAGACAAUGAAAUUAAAAUGCAUGUAGCACCGUUGGAGGUGCAGUUCCGUCCCAUGAACAACGUCAACGCUCACUCAACCGCCCCAAACGGACACAUAGGCAGGCACCACAAAAACAGAGCCAGAUCGCACAGGGCCAGCCGUCUGACUGUACUGCGGGAGUAUGCCUACGACGUGCCGACCAGCGUGGAAGGCAGCGUGCAGAGCUCUUCCAACAGGCGCCAUCAUUAUUAUGAUGUUGCAGCACGCAACAGUCGACGGGCGGCCUAUAUGGCGUACAGGGAGCGUCAUCAAAGCCAGCUGCAGCAGGACAGCAGCGACAGUGCCAGCCUGCCACGUCGGUCACGAUACUCUGAUAAAGGAAGCACCAGCGCACUGGGGAACGGGACAGUGGUGACCAUUGAGAGUGAUCGGGCCGCAACUCUUGCUGGGUCAUGUUCCAGUAAGGACUCUGGACCCGCAAAGCGCCCCAGCAGCACGGAAUUAGAAAACCUCCCGAAGUCAUAUGGGCUCAACCUGAUCACACCAAACGGCACACUCAAAGAGAACAGUCAGACUGUGCCUUUAAUAAACACAGAGACGACAGCCAUUAUUAAAACUGGUUUGUGGAAACAUGAAACUACUGUGUAGCAAAUGUUUCCACUGAAAGACUGACGCACUCACCACUUCAAACUGUGAAAUGUUCUGACUCUAGUUUCUAAACUGUACAUUUUAGAAGACUGCUUUAAAAAAAUUAUUGAGAAAAAAACACUAGCCACAUAUUUACAUUUUUGCCACUGAUCAGCGUUUGUAGAUAACUUUUUGUAAAUUAUCUAUUUUUGUAAAUUUUAAUCAAACUCUUUCAUUACAAAUGUGAGUUCCUCCAAUGAAAGUGCAUGGUCUGAACUGUGGCCUUCUUCAUACUCUCUGGACUCUUUUUUUUUUAUUAUUUAGUUGGUCGUGACAAGAAUAAAACAAAAGUCCUGA